UCAUUUCAAGAUAUUAGGAGACAUAACGAAAGCAGGUACGUAUCAUCCCAAUACACGACUACGUUAUAUAUUAUACUAUAAGCAAUCAUGGCAGAAGAGACAGUUACUAAGAAUAGUCCCACAGAGAAAACUACUGGCGGAGAAAAUACCGUGUUCGAUGAUAAAGACAACUUUACAGUAUCACACCCCUUGAGCGCCAGAUGGGUAUUAUGGUUUGAUAUUCCUAAACAUAAGGUGGAAGCCGCCAACUGGAUGGCAACGCUGAAGACAGUCUACACAAUCACCACAAUAGAAGAAUUCUGGGGAGUCAUAAACAACAUGGCCAAAGCCUCACAGUUGCCGGCGGGAUCUAACUUCCACUUCUUCAAAGAGGGUGUUAAGCCCAUGUGGGAGGACCCCGAGAACUUGCAUGGCGGCAAGUGGAUCAUCUCCACCCCCGUCCAAUCGGGCAAGGACGGGGUAUUGGACAGGAUGUGGAUUGAUACGAUGCUGGCUGUGAUUGGACAAGUUUUAACAGACAGCGAAUCAGAAGUGUGCGGCUGUGUGUGUUCGCCCCGCAAGGCUCAGAACAGGAUCGCUCUGUGGACCAAGUCAGGGGACCAACGAAAGAUUCAGGAGGACAUUGCUAAGAAGUGGAAGGUCAUCUGUCAGUACGAAGCCGGUCUGUCGUAUCAGGUGCACUCAGAGGCCAGCAAACGGAAUUCAAGUUUCAACAACGACGAUAAGUUCACGGCGUAAGGGGUGAUGCGGGUGUGCUUGGGUGCGGCAUGGGCGUACGGGCGAGAGGUACGCACUGUGCGGUGUGCCUAGCAAAGAUAGAUAUUACAUAGGUAGUAGUAAGACUGUACUGUGCCACCCACCCCAAGGCUGCUCGUGUCCCAGAGCUGAGACUGUGGACUGGCUUACCUACACGCAGUGCAUAGGUCCACUGUGUUUGUGGGUGUAUGCAUAUUUCACGGGCGUUCGUCUACAUACACGUUAUGCCAAAACGUUUCAACGGAUGCUUGGGAACUGUCCGGAAUGUCUGUAAGGUCAUGGUAUGUGCGGUGAGCGCACAAAACAAGCCAUUUAAAUAGUAUCACGAGGUUCCUGGGUACGCACGUGUUGGUCGUGGGUCAGGUUUUCUAGAGAUCGUAUCCAAUCGCAGGGUUGUUUUGGGUGGCAGGGAUGCUUCCCCUUAGUCAACGCCUUGGCCGUUGAAACGAUUUGAGAGAAUGUAUGUGACGUGCGCGUUCGACGGGGGGCGGCGCAUGCAAUGGCAAGACAGUACAAUGUAUAUAGUAGGUAUAGAUUAAAUUAAAGUGUAUGGCUGCAGCUGAUCUCCUUGAGCACCAAACAC